AUGAGUGAAGACUUAAACAGUUUAGUUGUUAUUCCUCCUGAAAGACCUACAUAUAGAGCCGGUCGUAAACCUACUGCUGUACGAGUUUACACGGUUAAUCAAGAGUCAAGGUAUUUGGUUGUUGAAAACGUUCCUGCACUUGGCUUAACCAAAGAACUUCUCGAAUUAUUUGCACUUUAUGGGACCAUAGAAGAAUAUCGAUGCCUUGAUGAUUAUCCAUGUGAAGAAUUCACUGAUGUUUAUUGGAUAAAAUUUCAAUCACUUCCUCAAGCAAGAGCAGCAAAAAGGAAGGUUGAUGAUCACAUCUUCUUUAGUUCGAAUCUAAGAGUACGUUAUGGUCCAGAGUAUGAAACUAUUGUAGAUACAAGACAAAAAUUAAUAGAUAGACGUCAUGUAAUUUCUAUUAAAACUAAUGAAAAGAAAGAUGAGAAUACUUUAACAAAAUUUCAAAAAACGCGACCAAUACAAUCGAAUGAUGCACCGUCACAUCCGGUUCCAGUUAUGUAUCCUCAAGAAGAUUUAUCUACCUAUUAUAAUUAUGGUUAUUCAAAUUAUAAUUAUCCUUAUUCAAUUCAAUCUCAUGAACCGCCGAUACCUGGAGUUGGAGUUGGAUAUCCAACUUCAUUUUCAACAAGUUUGGCUUCUACAUCUUAUCAACCACAUAUCGAUUCAAAUUCGCUAUCUUCUACUGUUAAUGCUAUACGACAAAGAAUUAACGAUGCUUCAUCAAAUCCUACAUCAACAAAGAAACGUCGAAGAAUAUAA